CGUUCACUAAUGACGUUGAAACUUCUCCACCCCAACAAGAAACCUCGGCUCAGUCUACAGUGUCCCCUGAGCAGUUGGAACCAUUGUCAGUCCAGCAAGAAUCUUCAGAUCAGCAUCCAACCCCCUCUGAGAAUGUUGAACCUUCUCCAGUUCAGCAGGGAGCCCCAACACAACCUGAAGAGCUUCCUGAGGAAACUGACCCUUCUCCAAGCCAGCAGGAGAGCUCAGCUCAGCAUCCAAAGCCCACUGAGUGGGUUGGACCUUCUCCAGUCCAGCAUCAGCACCCAACUCAGCCUCCAGGGGCCUCUACAGAUGGUGCAGCUCAACCUUCAGUACAUAGUGAAGUGACAUUCUCACAUCUAGGUCCAGGUGAAGUUGAACAUCCAGUGUUGUCUAAUAUCACAGUUGAACCCCUGGAUCCUGCGGUUGUCUUAACUCUAGAGCCCAGUAAGAGCUUGAACAUCCUACAGUGCAGCAGGAGGACCCUACUCAGACUCCAGAUCCCCCUGGAGGGAUAG